AUGUCGUCAUCCUCCACGGGUCCCUACCUGCGCGCUCUGCGCAAAACAGAGCUGGCUGAGCUGGCUGAAAUCUCUGACUUGAAAGACUACGCGGACCUCAAAAAAGCCGAACUCGAAGCCGCUCUCGACAGCCAUUUGCGUGCUAACUCCUCCAUCUUCUCCGGCGAGAAGCGUCUGGCUGAUUACUACCGCCGCCUGUCGCAGCCGGCGCGCUUGUCGUCGCCCGUCAAGAAGGAACCCAAGUCCGAGUCGUCCCUCAUCUCUGUCGGAAGCGAGGAAAAGAGGGUAUCGCGACGAACACGCAAGGCUUCUACCGAAGCUGAGGAAACUGAAUCCGAAAAAACUCAAACCCCCGCGUCUACUGCAGUCGCCACGCGCACUCCGGCGCGUUCACCGCUCUCCUUCGCGGCAUUGCCGCCUUCGCCUGCUGUCGUCACCGACGCCAUUGAUCGCCAGACCACCAUCGUUCGCGAAAAGGUGUCUGACGCGUGGACCAAGUCCGGUAUCUCGGAGCGCUCCGACGCAUUGCGCGCUACACUCAGCAGCGUCAAGUCUAUUGAAACCAUCUUCGUGGUUUUGGAAUUGAUCGGAUUGGCGCGCGAAUUGAUCCCCUUGCGCUAUUUGACUACCGUUCCUGCGGUUGAGACUGUGAACACGCCCGAGCUUUCGGUCAAGAUUCCUGACCUGUUCGUCUUGAUUACUGGUACCUUCUGGGCACCCUUCUUGCUCUGGGCGACGACCAGCCUUGUGCUGCCAUUGACCUUGGCGUACUUUUUCAACUUGAGUCUUCACGCGCAAGCUUCCACGCACUCGCAUAACACGCGUCGUGCCUCAUCCACUGUCCAACAACAGGUGGCCAGCUUUGAUCCGUUGGUGUACAACAUCACCAAGGCGCUGAUUUCGUACUUUGUCUUUGCGAAUCAUUUCACGUUCUGGAGUACCUUUAGCCAUUUCUCAAUUGAGAAGGUGAAUGUUGCUAUUCCGGGACAGUGGCCUGGUGUGUUGACGGGAUCGGCGGUUGGAGUCUUGGUCAGCUUGUAUGAUGCUGUUUUGAGGAAGUAA